AUGACUAGCCAGAGAAAGUCGCGCGUCUUUCGGGUGACAGGCCUGUCGAGGGAACAGCCCGACGGGGAUCUCAAGACCGCAUUGCAAGGGGUACUCGACGACAACUUUACCCACGACGAGAGAUCGCAGGUCAAGGCCGAGAUAACAAUCGUGCCUUCAUGCUAUGAAAGUGACACGCAGAGAGUGGCGCUAGUGCAAUUUCGCGGUGGAGUGCCUCAAUUCCUGCAGGAGCUAAGAAUCAACCCUCUUGGCGACUGGCAGGUUAAGAUGGGAGAGGAUGACAUCAACUUUGACUGCCACUUCUUUGGAUUUACGCAGCUCUACGCGCCGGACGAGAAUGAGCCAGUGGCUGCCGACAUCAUUGCGAUCGCCGGGUUGGACGGACAUACGUAUGGAUCAUGGUAG